CAAGAGAAUCUCAAUCAACCUGCCUCCUCGCAUUUACUGAGUAGACGGAAUUCCAAACCUGCCAAGAAUCAAGUGGCCCAAGCUUCGGAUUUUGGCAUCAGGUCUGAACCUUUCCCAGCAGUCGCCAUCGCGACGCGCAGCCCAUCUUUAACGUCCUUCUCCACGCCCGCCCCAACCACUCCUCCGUCCCUCCUCGGCACUGGUACCCAUUGUUUUAUUAAUUUCCUCACGAGCUACGCGCGGCUUUCAUCAUGGCGGACGGCAAGGAGAACAAGCUCGCGCAAUUCAAAUAUGCAGCGAUGUCGAACCUGGUUCUCCAGGCCGACAGACGCUUCGUCACGCGCCGGGGAGACGAACAGACAGGUGAUCCAGAGUCGCUUGCAGGCCGUAUCAAUAUACGAGACAUGGGAUCGCGGACCGCGCGGGACACAGCCCCGGUACAAAGGAGGAAGCCCAAGGGCCCUCUCGACAUCGAACGAGGCAGCAUACACGAAGGUGGCGAGGUGCUGGAGCGCGAACAGCGCAAGAGGAAGCGAGGAGACGGCGCUGGGCUCGCUGGAGCGAGCAGGAUAGCUCAGCAAGAUCUGCUCGUGGAAGAUCUUCGAUACAGGCCGCGGACCAGAGCGACAGAGGCCACGUUUGACCUCAUACAGACUAUCGUUGGCCGGCAUCUUGGGGAUGUGCCUACUCACGUGACGAGAAGCGCUGCUGACGCAGUGCUUGAGUAUCUGAAAGACGAUACGCUAAAGGACUUGGACAAGAAGAAGGAGAUUGACGACAUUCUGGGCACGACGAUGGGCUCCAAAGAGUUUAACGAGUUGGUGAACCUGGGAAAGAAAAUCACGGACUACGAUGCGCAAGAUGAGGAUGAAGAGAUGGCUGAAGCUGCGGAGGGCGCCGAGGCCGCAGUUGAUGAGACCCAAGGCGUGGCCGUCGUCUUCGAUGAUGAGGACGAGGAUGAGGAAGCUGGUCAAACCUUCGAAGUGCGGGAUGAAGAUACCACGGAUGAAGAGGAGGAUGAAGAGGAGACUGCCGAGGGAGCUGAAGCGGACAAGGCACCUAAAGAAGAGGACGGCGUGGUCGCCGAUGGGGAAGAAAUAAUCAUUCAAGGAGACUCGGCGGUGACUAGAGGUCCGCGGGCAGGCGGCGAUCAGCUCGUUCCAGUACACGAGAUUGACGCCUAUUGGUUACAGCGGCAGGUUGGUCAGGUAUACGAGGAUGCGCACACACAGCAGGAAAAGACGCAAGCUGCUCUGAAUAUCCUGUCAGGAGUUGAUGAGGAUGGUGAAGAGAAACCCUUACGCGACAUUGAGAAUGACCUUAUGGAGCUCUUUGAUUAUGAGCACCAUGAACUCGUCGCUAAACUCGUGCUAAACCGGGAAAGGGUCGUCUGGGUCACGAGAUGGAGACGCGCUGCAGAUGAUAACGACGAGCGGGUAGCCGUUGAGAGGGAAAUGAAGGCUGCAGGGCAACAGCAGAUUCUGCAGGAGCUUCAUGCACGAGAAACUGGAAUCAAGGCUACCGAACCCGCCGGCCCUAGGAAGAUGAAGAUUGACCUUAUGGAUAUCGACCUUCCCUCUGAGCCGAAAGACAUCGCUAUGGCGGAGGGUACCAAGCGUGAGGGGCUGAUCGGAGGUUUACAGCCGUCCGGCAGGAUCAUCAACUUGGAGAACCUCGUCUUCGAACAAGGCAACCAUUUGAUGACCAACCCGAGCGUCAAAUUGCCUCAGGGCUCGACUCGACGCCAGUUCAAAGGUUAUGAAGAGAUUCAUGUACCCGCACCGAAAGCCAGACGCGACCCCAACGAACCUCCUAACAUGCCCACCACGGAAUUACCUGACUGGGCCAGGGAGGGAUUUGGCAAGUCGAAAGAACUCAAUCGCAUUCAGACCAAAUGCUUCCCGACCGCAUUCCACGAUGACGGCAAUAUGUUGAUCUGUGCGCCAACUGGUUCAGGGAAAACCAACGUUGCAAUGCUGGCCAUGCUGCGUGAGAUAGGCAAGCACAGGAAUCCACAGACCGGUGAGAUUGCUCUGGACGAUUUCAAGAUCAUUUUUAUUGCGCCGCUCAAAGCCCUGGUCCAGGAGCAGGUUGGGAACUUCGGAAAGCGGUUGCAACCAUAUGGCAUCAAAGUCGCUGAGCUAACUGGUGAUCGUCAACUCACCAAGCAGCAAAUUGCCGAAACACAGAUUAUAGUGACGACUCCGGAGAAGUACGAUGUUAUUACUCGCAAAGCAACCGACACAAGCUAUAUCAACCUGGUGCGUCUUAUCUGCAUCGACGAGAUCCAUCUGCUUCACGAUGAUCGGGGUCCUGUCAUCGAGAGCAUUGUCAGUCGCACAAUUCGGCGAAGCGAGCAAACCGGUGACCACGUUCGUUUGGUAGGCCUCAGCGCUACACUGCCCAACUAUCGCGAUGUCGCCAGUUUCCUUCGUGUCGACACCGAGAAAGGCCUGUUUCACUUCGAUGCUACCUAUAGGCCGUGCCCGUUGAAGCAAGAGUUCAUCGGUGUCACGGAUAAGAAGGCCAUCAAGCAACUUAAAACCAUGAACGACGUAUGCUACACCAAGGUGCUAGAGCAGGUAGGCCAGAACCGCAACCAGAUGCUGAUCUUCGUCCACUCGAGGAAAGAGACUGCGAAGACUGCAAAAUACAUACGCGACAAGGCCAUGGAAAUGGAGACAAUCGGCCAGCUCCUCCGUUCAGAUGCAGCAAGCAGAGAGAUCCUAAGAGAAGAAUCCGAAAACGUCCAAAACGCAGAUCUGAAAGAUCUCAUGCCCUACGGUUUCGGCAUACACCAUGCAGGAAUGUCCCGGGCCGAUCGUACCUCCGUUGAGGAUUUGUUCGCUGACGGCGCAAUCCAAGUUCUUGUCUGCACAGCUACGCUUGCUUGGGGUGUCAACCUUCCGGCGCACACUGUCAUCAUCAAAGGUACCCAGGUAUACUCACCUGAGAAGGGUAGCUGGGUCGAGUUGAGUCCACAGGACGUUCUGCAAAUGCUGGGUCGUGCUGGCAGACCUCAAUACGAUACUUAUGGUGAGGGUAUUAUCAUCACCACUCAAACCGAGAUGCAAUACUAUCUGUCGUUGCUCAACCAGCAGCUGCCUAUCGAGUCUCAAUUCAUGAGCCGCCUCGCGGACAAUCUCAAUGCAGAGGUUGUACUAGGCAAUGUACGAACGCGCGACGAGGGCGUUGACUGGCUUGGCUAUACCUAUCUGUUCGUUCGGAUGCUUCGCUCUCCCGGUCUAUACAGUGUUGGCGCGGACUAUGAGGAUGACGAAGCUCUGGAGCAGAAGCGAGUCGACCUCAUCCAUGCAGCCGCGCAUGUGCUUGAGCGAUGCAAUCUCAUCAAGUACGACAGGAAGAGUGGGCAAAUGCAGCCGACUGAACUGGGACGUAUCGCUUCACACUACUACAUCACGCACAACUCAAUGUCCACUUACAACCAGCAUAUCCAACCUGGUAUCAGUGCCAUCGAGCUCUUCCGAAUAUUUGCCCUGAGUGAAGAGUUCAAGUACAUUCCCGUAAGACAGGACGAGAAGCUUGAGCUGGCUAAGCUCCUCCAGAAGGUUCCAAUUCCUGUUAAGGAAACGGUGGACGAGCCCCAAGCAAAGAUCAAUGUUCUGCUUCAAGCGUAUAUAUCCCGGCUCAAACUGGAAGGUCUCGCUCUCAUGGCGGAUCUGGUAUAUGUCACUCAAUCGGCAGGGCGGAUCCUGAGGGCUAUUUUCGAGAUUUGUCUGAAGAAGGGAUGGGCGCAAGUAGCCAAACUUGCUUUGGAUCUAUGCAAAAUGGCCGAGAAGAGGAUGUGGCCAACCAUGUCACCUCUGAGGCAGUUCCCAACGUGCCCACGAGAUAUCGUUCAGAAGGCUGAGCGCAUCGACGUGCCUUGGAGCGACUAUUUCGGUCUGGAUCCGCCUCAGAUGGGCGAGCUGCUUGGUAUACCGAAAGCCGGCAAGGUCGUCUGCCAGCUCGUCAACAAAUUUCCCCGGUUGGAACUCGAAGCGACCCCUCGACCUGUUACCCGGUCCAUGUUGCGGAUUGAGCUGACUAUCAGACCCAACUUUGAGUGGGAUGAUCAGCUUCAUGGUGCCUCCGAAGCUUUCUGGAUCCUGGUCGAGGAUUGUGAUGGCGAGCAGGUUCUGUUCCACGAUCAGUUCGUGCUCCGUCGUGAUUAUGCAACUGGGGAAAUGAAUGAGCAUCUCCUCGAGGUCACCGUACCUAUCGAUGACCCCAUGCCUCCUAACUAUUUCGUCACGGCCCUUUCCGACCGGUGGAUGGGUUCCGAGACAAAGCUGGCCCUUUCCUUCCAGAAGCUCAUUCUUCCGGCUAAGUUUCCUCCGCAUACCCCCGUCUUGGAUCUACAGCCUCUGCCUAUUUCAGCGCUUAAGAGACGCGAGUACCAGGAAUUGUAUGCAGACGUAGGUCGAUUCAACAAGGUUCAGACGCAGGUUUUCAAUUCCCUAUACACCACCGACGACAACGUCUUCAUUGGUGCAUCCGCCGGCGUGGGAAAGACCUACUGCGCCGAAUUCGCCAUUUUGCGACACUGGGCUUCCAACAAGGAGGGGCGAAUUGUAUACCUCGCUCCGUUCCAAGAGCUUGUGGAUAACCAGUACAAGAACUGGACCGCUCGCUUAUCCAAACUUGGUGGCGGUAAGGAUGUAGUUAAACUUACCGGAGAAACGACAGCAGACCUGCGCUUGCUCGAAAGGGGGGAUCUGAUACUCGCGACGCCGACACAGUGGGACGUCCUAUCCAGGCAGUGGCAGCGGCGAAAGAACGUGCAGACCGUCGCACUGCUGAUCGCCGAUGACCUCCACAUGUUGGGUGGCUCUGGCGGGCAUAUUUAUGAAGUCGUGGUGUCCCGGAUGCAUGCCAUGGCAGCUCAGAUCGAAUCAUCUCUCCGCCUGGUCGGUCUGAGUGUACCUCUUGCAAACGCCCGAGAUGUUGGCGAAUGGAUCGGUGCGAGCAAGCACACCAUAUUCAACUUCAGCCCUGGCAUCCGUGCGGUUCCUCUCGAGUUGAAGAUUCAAUCAUUCACCAUUCCCCAUUUCCCGUCGUUGAUGCUCGCGAUGGCAAAACCAACGUACAAAGCCAUCACACAGCUUUCUCCAGAUAAACCAGCCAUGGUCUUCGUGCCCAGCCGAAAGCAGGCGCGGACAUCAGCGGUGGAUUUGUUUGCCGCUGCUGUUGCGGACGACGAUGAGCAGAGAUUUCUUCAUGCGACGUUGGAAGAGCUGGAACCCAUAUUGAGUCGGGUUAACGAAUCUGCGCUCGCAGAGUCAUUGUCGCAUGGCAUCGGCUAUUUUCAUGAAGCCCUGAGUCCUUUCGAUAAGCGGAUAGUCCAAGAGCUCUUUAGACGUGGCGCCAUCCAGGUGAUGAUCGUCUCACGAGACUCAUGUUGGGAAGUCGACAAUAGCGCUCAUCUCGUCGUAGUGAUGGGGACACAGUUCUACGAAGGCCGCGAACACCGCUAUGUCGAUUAUCCCAUUAGCGAAGUACUCCAAAUGUUCGGUAAAGCUGGCCGGGUCAGAGAGGACAAAGUUUCCAGGGGUGUUCUCAUGGUCCCUGCCGUGAAGCGAGACUACUAUAAGAAAUUCUUGAACGAAGCUCUACCAAUCGAGAGCUAUCUUCAUGACUUCUUACAUGAUGCCUUCGUGGCCGAAAUCAGCGCGAAGACGAUCGAAACCACGCAGGAGGCGGUAGAUUGGUCGACCUACACUUACUUCUAUCGCCGUCUCCUUGCAAAUCCCAGCUACUACAACCUUCACGACCCCUCCCACGAGGGCCUCAGCGCUCAUCUGUCCGAAUUGGUUGAGCACACGUUGAAGGAUCUUACCGACGCCAAUCUCAUCGAGCAUGAUGAAGAGGAGGACACGAUAACGCCGCUCAACCCAUGCAUGAUUGCGGCAUAUUACAACAUCUCCUUUAUAACGAUGCAAACGCUCAUGAUGUCGUUGAAUGAGAAGACGGGUAUCAAGGGGAUGCUGGAGAUUGUGACUGCUGCAACCGAGUUUGAAGACAUACAAAUCCGUCGCCAUGAGGAUCAUAUCUUGAGCAGGAUCUACGAACGGAUCCCGUACAAGAUGCAAGAGCCCAACUUUGAGACGCCGCAUUUCAAGGCCUUUGUGCUUCUCCAAGCCCAUUUCUCACGCAUGCAGCUACCGGUCGAUCUUGCCAAAGACCAGGAGUUCGUCCUUCAGCGAGUGCUCAAUAUCCUCAGCGCUAGCGUGGACGUUCUCUCCUCUGAAGGUCACCUGAACGCAAUGAAUGCCAUGGAAAUCUCUCAAAUGGUCGUGCAGGCGAUGUGGCAGAAGGAUUCGCCGCUGAAGCAGAUCCCGCACUUUGACGACGACACGGUAAAGGCAGCCAAGAGGUUUGGGAUUACGGAUAUUUUCGAGUUCAUGGACGCCAUGGACCCAGAGGAGAACAAGGACUACAAGAAGCUGAUUGAAGCACUCAACCUAGACAAUAAGCAGCUGAGCGACGCCGCGACCUUCACCAACGAGUAUUACCCCAAUGUCGAGGUCAACUUCGAGGUCCUGGAGCCCGACGAGGUCAUGGCAAACUCGCCGUCUUACCUGUCCGUCACGGUGACGCGAGAGCUGGACGAAGAUGACGAGCCCAAGACAGAGGUCCAUGCACCCUUCUAUCCAGCGAGUAAGACGGAAAACUUCUGGCUUGUGGUUGGCGACCAGAAUGCGAGAAUGCUGUUGGCUAUCAAGAAGGUCACGGUUGGUCGACAGUUGAAUACCAAGUUGGAGUUUACGGUGCCCGAACCGGGCAAGCACGAGUUGACGCUCUUCUUGGUGAGCGAUAGUUAUCUGGGGAUCGAUCAGGCGCCGACGUUUGAGGUGCAGGCCGCCGAGGGCAUGGACGAGGACGAGGAUGAGGAUGAGGAGCAGGAGGAGGAUGGGAAGGAAUAGUGGUGUUUGCGUUUGUGUAUAUUAGACAUAUCGUUGGCGAUCACGUAGAACUUUUCAGCGUCCGUACUAGAAUGCGUGGCGUCUUGGAGUUGGGAGAUUGGCUUUGUGGUAAAGACUGGAAUCUUUUUGCGAACGACCUUGUAGGAGGAAAUACAGGCGUCCUGUAAGAGAGUAUAGCGCUUCAAAUCUCAAUGGAAAUUAUGGUUCUUCCCU